AUGUACCUUGUCCCUAGGACAUCCGAUGAACAUGUACAAGCCGAAGCAGCCCGGUUCGUCCGCGAAGCGUGGGGCUUACAAGGCGCAGCCUACAUUGUCGUGAUCCUCCGAUACUUCAGCAGAAUCCGCCAGUUGGGAUGGCGGAAGCUGGCGUUGGAUGACUUUUUGAUGUUUGCUGCUUUGAUCACCUACACAGCCGAAACCACCGUCGCCCACGUCCUCGUCACAACCUUUCAUGGCCUAGCCAACAACGGCAUCACCGACAUUGAUCGCGCCCUCCUCUCCCCGCAAAGCGAAGAAUACCAACUCCGCAUCCUCGGCUCCAAAGCGCACGUGGCGGGACUGCUCCUCUAUACCACCCUUCUCUGGCUACUCAAGGCAUGCUGGUCGGUCUACUAUGCCCGCCUGACCGUGGGCGUGCACAACAUGCGCAUGUGGGUCGUUGGGGCGUACGUCAUCAUGCCGGCGACCUACAUGGCCUGUCUGUGCGUGGCCAUAUUCAAGUGCGUGCCGUUUGAGAAGCAGUGGCAGAUUUAUCCGAACCCGGGCAACAAUUGCACGCCAGCGGUGAGCGAGUUGCAGACGGUGUUUGUCAUGGUGAUGAACACGGUGACGGAUUUCUAUCUGCUGGCGAUUCCGUUGCCGAUGGUGUGGAAGAGUAACUUGACGUGGAGGAAAAAGUUCUUUUUGCUGUUGAUGUUCUCGGGCGGGUUCAUCGAGAUGGCAUUCGGGAUUCUGCGGUGUGUGUGUAUCUUGACGUUGGGAGAUACGGAUGCCGCGCAGAGCGGGUAUUGGUCUGUGAGGGAGAGCUUUGUCAGUUUUGUGUUGACGAACAUGCCCAUGGUAUAUCCGCUGGUCAAGAGAUUCAUGGAGAAGAGUAUCAUCUCGCUGAGCGGAGGGACGUCGGGGAUCCGCAAGGAUGGUGUAUCGGGACACAAUGGAUAUGCACUGGACAGUACUCCUAGCAGUCAGAAGGGAGGGCCGAGGAACAGGGUCGUGAUUAGCAAGACCAGCAAGCACCCCUUGUCAGACGAUACGUUAUGGGGAAGUGAGGAGAAUAUCGUGAGUUCGGACGAUGGGAAGAUGGUGAGAGGAAGUUGGAGCUCAACCGCGAGCAGUAGAGAUAUCGCUGCAACAGAUGUGAUAGCACAGGGCAGUGGAGGAGGGCGUGGAAGGACGAUGUCGGUAGAAAGAGGGGCAGACUUGAUUGAACCACAGAACUCGGGGGGAAGUGGGAGGAAUUGGAAGCAGAAGGGGAUUAUUGUUACACAUGAAGUUACGGUGACAGAGGAUAGACGGGACGCGUCGGCGGGAAGGAGGUGCUAGAUGUGUUUUGGGUUCGUAAGGAAGUUUCCGCUUCUACAGCGACCAUAUGAUAAUUAUGAUUUCUCGUUCAGAGUCCG